AUGGACUUCUUUAAUGGUCUAACGACCGAUUCUUCCAAUAGCCGGUGUGAGAAGCUCCAGGCGCCGAGUUACCUCAAUCUUGCAUUAUCGAUCUUGCUUCUCCUUGGUAUUCUCAUAUCUUACCUCCCCCAACAUUAUCGAAUUAUCUCCCGAGGCACAUCCGAAGGCAUCUCACCAUUCUUCAUCCUUCUCGGGACAACCUCGAGUACAAGCGCGUUCGCGAAUAUUCUAGUUUUGCCGGCCUCUCGAGCAGAUGUAGCCUGCUGUAAACUCGUCAGCACAUUUGAAUGUGCGGCAGGCCUUCUGGGCAUUGCGCAGCUCGGCGUACAAUGGUUCUCCUUUUGCAUCAUACUUUUCCUAUUCCUUGUUUUCUUCCCUCGAGCUCCGACCCUGCCCCCUGACGAGCAAAAAGAAUACACAUGGCGGACAGCUGUAACGGUGGCGAUCUUGUGUUUGUUACAUGGUCUCGUCGUUAUCAUCGUCAGUGUAGCUCUAAUCAUCGCACGACCACACCAUUUGGGGGCUUGGGCGAAUACAUUGGGGAUAACAGCCACGAUAUUGGCUGCGAUACAAUACUUUCCGCAGAUAUGGAUGACCUGGCAUCUGAAGCAUGUCGGGAGUUUGAGUAUACCCAUGAUGUUGAUUCAGACUCCGGGUAGUUUUGUGUGGGCUGGUAGCUUGGCUGCGAGAUUAGGUCCCACAGGCUGGAGUACGUGGGGUAUGUUUGUGGUUACUGGGUGCUUACAGGGCACGUUGUUGGGUAUGGGGAUCUUCUUCGAGGCCAAAGCCCGAAAACAGAGGGAGAAUACGGAAGGAGAAGGAGUAAACACUAUCGAAACCGACGAUGAAGGUGGUCCCGUGGUCGAAGACGGACUUACAGAAAACACACCUCUGCUAAAUGGGUCAAGGAAACCGUCCUCACAGCCCGAAUAUAGAGAUUGA